AUGGCGAGAGUAUGUCCAACGGUAGCAGUUCACCACUUGUCGAAAGCUAAAAGAGAGGAGACGGAGCGCCGCAAGGGGAAGAGAAUAUCCUCGAUUAUCAUCCGGGUGCAGAAGUUGGCAAAAGAUAAUAAGCCAGACCCGGAAAAUAAACUAGUGGGGAGAAGGUUAACAGCAGAAGUGAUUUGUGAAGGUGUCCCAAUGCCAGCCUUAAUUGUCAGUGGGGCUAUGGUGCCACUGAUAACCCCGGAAGCGCUACAGAGAAUAAGUGCAGUAUCAGGUCGCGAGAUGAUCAAAAGAAUUUGGAAGAGGGACGAUGCAGUAAUAAGGGAUGCAUCGGGCCACCAAAUGGCACUUUUGGGCACUGUAAAAGUCCAGAUAAAGUGGGGUGGCAUUAGCAAGCCCGUAACUAUGUCUGUGGAUGGCUGGCAAAGAGACAGCGAGCUCCUUUUGUUAGGAACGAACGCACUUGAGCAGUGCAAGGAGUAG